GACAAAUUCACAUGCACAUGCAGACACCUCCAGACCCCACUCACAGACUCAUCCCACAUGGAUGUUUGAGAUACGGCCUGGAGGACAUCUGACCCACACAUUCUCUCCUCUUCCGUUUUCUCUGUCUCUGUGUCUCUGAAAAAUUAUAUAAAAAGGAAAUAAAAGAUUUGCCAACUGUUUACAUCACACCAGUUGGUUUACACAUUUUCACAAACAGCAAACCUUCCAAUCUCUUCUGGCUGUCUUUCCACUUGUUCUCUCAAGAAAAAUCUCCUCUUGGAUCUGCAGAGAUUCCUUUCCGGGUUGUGUUGGAAUUAUUAGUUUUGUUUUGUUUUGUUUUCUUUGGCAGUUGAAGGUAAUGUUGCUAAUAGCUAUCGGUUUUGCGUGAUUAUUGUAAAGGGUCUUGGGGUCCUGUUGGGUCCCCUCCUUUUCUUUUGGCCCUUUUAUGGUUUCCACACAGGGCAUUGUCUGGUUUGUUCUGUGAAAGCCAAUAAGGUUUCUUUCACGUUACUGGUUAGAUUGUUUGAUUUGGCUUUCUGGGUAUGUUCUGUUUUAUUUUUUUAUUUUUACUUUAUUCUUAUAGAAAAUUGAGAUUUGGGAGAAAACUCAGAAAAGGGUAUUUACUGCUAUACUAGGAAGCUUUCUUGGAUUGGAAUUUUGAUUGCAAAAGGGCAGUUUUGAUCUGUUGCGCCUCUUGGAAUGCUGCAAUUGGAAUUUCAUGAUUGAGGGAAGUGCUUUGUUUUCUUAUGGUCAAUAGGGUUGACAAGAGCUCAAAUUCUCCUUUGUGCUUUUUACAUUGUGAAUGGGGAAGGAAGCGGGAGGAUAAGGUUUAGAUCUUAUUUGUACUCGAGCUGGAGUUGAAUCAGAGGGUAUAAAAGGUCUGUGAGGUGUCUGAAAUCUUUGAUUCUUGAUUGGGUCACAGGAGAAUUGCUUAGAUAUCUCAUAUUUUGAGAACUGCAAACACUGUUUCAAACAUGUAUGAGGUUCAGAUUCAUAUCACACCGAUGGAGGCUGAAUUGCUGUAAUUCUCUUAUUUGGAGAAAUGAUGUUGGAGGUUUAAGAAGUAGGUGUAUUUAAUUGUGUUAGCGAGGAGAGAGGUGGAGAUGGCUGCAAAGCUUUUACAUUCUCUAGCAGAUGACAACCCAGAUUUGCAUAGGCAAAUAGGAUGCAUGACUGGGAUAUUUCAACUCUUUGAUCGUCCCAAUAUCAUCCAUGGCAGGCGUAUUAGCCACAAGAGGCUUCCUCCAGGUAAUUCCCACUUCAACAAUGGCAGCCUCGAAAGAGAGUCUAACAAUAUAUACCAACGACAGACACAAGCUGAAAUAAAUUUAAGCAGGAAUGCGAGCGAGAAACAAAGAAUUUCCACAGAAUCGUCAAGAGCCUCUUUCUCAUCCUCUUGUUCAUCUCCCUUGUCAUCUUUGGACUGUAACAAAACAGCUCAACCAGAAACCUCCUCUGACCGAAUGAUUUUUCCUGAAACUCCCUCAAGGGAUCCAGUGAUAAACCAACCUAGUACCUCUCCACGUCCAGGGCGACAGUCCCUUGAUCUUCGUGAUGUGGUCAAGGACUCUAUGUAUAGAGAAGCUAGAGGACUAUCAAUUAAAACUACAACCAAAGAGGAAGCUAUUGGCCGUGCCUUAAAGCGUAGAGACUCCCCAAGGCCUUUACAGCUGCCCAAAUCUGUGGAUGGAUCUUGUGGAGUUGGGGUUAAUAUGAAGCAAAAUGGGCCUGGUGAUCUGAAAGAGUCUCUUAAAGUUCUUGCUAAACUUCGAGAAGCACCUUGGUAUUACAAUGAAGGUAAGGAACCUCCUAUGUCAUCAUAUGAAUCAAAAGAUGGGCCGUGGUCUUCAAUUUCAAGGGACGCUCCCAGGUUUUCUUAUGAUGGGAGAGAGAUAAAUCGCUUAUCCUUUGAAUCACGAGAAAACCUCAAAUCCACCACAAAGCAUAAGGAGCUGCCCAGACUUUCACUGGACAGUAGGGAAGGUUCAUUGUGGAAUUCAAACUCUGAUUCAAGACCAAAUCACCUCACAAAAAACUUUCAAAAUGGGGGCAACUUAAAGGACAAAACCCUUAAUCUACCGCAAUCCUCGGAAACUCAGAAGCGGCCUCCUAGUGUUGUAGCAAAGUUGAUGGGCUUGGAAACCUUGCCUGAUUCUGCCUUGGCUAACGAUAGUCAGUUGCAUUUGUUCAAAACCUACGCAGUUGAAGAUGGUGAUCCCUUCUCAAGAUCAUUAAAAACAAAUGAGAUUAACAGGGCAGUCAGAAAUUUGAAGUCACCCAGAAACCCAUCAAAAGACCCAACAUCCCCACGCUGGAGGAAUUCUGAUUUUGUCAUGAAACCUAUUUCAAGUUCAAGGCUUCCAAUUGAACCAGCUCCAUGGAAGCAGCUGGAUGGAAAUCGAGUUUCUCAGAAACCAGCUUUCAGGCCUGUAAUAGUUCCACCAAGGGCACCAAACUCCUUCAGCUCGGUUUAUAGUGAGAUUGAGAAGAGGUUGAAAGAUAUUGAAUUUAAACAAUCUGGAAAGGAUCUCAGAGCUCUUAAACAGAUACUGGAAGCAAUGCAAGCAAAGGGCCUGUUAGAGACCAAAAAAGAAGAAGAAGAAGCUGAAAAUUUUGAAAUUCAAAGAGACGCUGAACCAAAAUCCAUCGGUUCCAAUCAAAAUUCAAAAUCCCUAGGCCGACAAAACCCACAGAGAAACCAUGCUGUUGCUUCCCCUAGUAGGGGAUCUAAUCCUUCGAGGACUUUUGAGUCCCCUAUUGUGAUCAUGAAACCAGCUAAACUUGUUGAAAGAUCUGGCAUUCCUGCCUCCUCUGUAAUUCCAAUUGAUGAUAUUUCUAGUCUCCAUAAAAUCCCGAGUUUUGGAUUUGCAGAUUCUAAAAGGGGUUCGAUUAAUAGCCAAACAGCUAAAGACCAGUCUCCUAAAAACAGUGGCAGGAACUCUUCUGUCAGUUCCACUGAUAAAAAAGCCAGUGGCCGAAAUAUGAGAUCAAUGCAAUCUUCGUUUAGGUCUCAACUCUCACCAAAAGAAAACACCACAAGUUCAGAGAAGAUCACUGGAUCUGUAAGCCCGAGACUGCAACAGAAGAAGCUUGAGUUGGAGAAGCGAUCUCGCCCACCUACCCCUCCAUCUGAUUCAAACAAACCCAGAAGACAAUCCAACCGGCACCUAAAAGACUCAGGUUCCCUAGGUGAAAAAGUCAGAGCAAAAUCUUCCAACUUGCAGCUAAGUGAUGACCAAUUGAGUGAGCAAAGUUAUGAAUCGCGGAGUUUGAGUUGCCAAGGAGAUGACAUAUCUGUGCAUUCUGAUGGUAAUAUUGUCUUAGACUCAAAGAUAGACAUUGAAGUCAACAGUACUGAACAAUCCAUUGAGAUAAAUGGAAGCCAGAGUCCAUCCAUGAAGCCUGUCAAGUACUUGCCUUCUGGCUCAAUGCAGAAAAAAUCAACAUCUAGGUUCGAUGAAGAUGGGUCAUUGGCAGAACUUGCUACUGUUGCCCCAGAACAUCCAAGCCCUGUCUCUGUUCUUGAUGCUUCGGUAUACAGAGAUGAUGAACUAUCUCCCAUAAAGCAGAUACCAAAUGCCCCCAAAGGUGAUAGUGCUCAAGAGUCUAAUGACAGUCACAGUGAAGAUCAAUGGAACACUUCAGAUAACCCCUCAUCUAACAGCAUGGGGUCUUGCCUUACUUCAGAGAUCAAUCGCAAGAAACUACAGAGCAUCGAACACUUAGUUCAGAAGCUUAGGCGACUGAACUCCAAUCACGAUGAAGCCAGAACAGAUUACAUAGCAUCGCUAUGCGAGAAUUCGAAUCCUGAUCACAGAUACAUAUCUGAAAUAUUGCUAGCUUCAGGCCUCCUACUCAGAGACCUUGGUUCUGACCUAACGGCAUUUCAGCUCCACCCAUCAGGCCACCCCAUCAACCCUGAGUUAUUCUUUGUUUUGGAGCAAACCAAGGCAAGCAGUUUGCUUUCAAAAGAAGAUAGAGGUCCCGGAAAGGUUGCCAACUCAAAGCUGGACAGGGAGAAAUUUCAUCGGAAACUCAUAUUCGACGCUGUUAAUGAGAUCCUUGUUGCAAAGUUAUCUUUAGUCGGCAUGUGUCCUGAGCCAUGGCGGAAGCCCGACAGACUGGCUAGGAAAACUGUUAGUGCACAAAAGCUUCUCAAAGAAUUGUGCAUUGAGAUAGAACAGUUUCAAGCCAAGAAGUUGGUGUGCAGCUUGGAGGAGGAGGAGGAGGAUGGUUUGAAAAGUAUAUUGUGGGAGGAUGUGAUGCAUCGGUCUGGGAGUUGGACAGAUUGCCGGAGUGAGAUUUCUGGGAUGGUUUUAGAUGUUGAGAGGUUGGUUUUUAAGGACUUAGUUGAUGAGAUUGUGAUUGGUGAGGCAGCUUGUUCAAGGACCAAGCCAGGUAGACGUAGGAAGCUGUUUACAAAGUAGUGUCUUUUAAUUCUUCCUCUUUUUUUUUCUUUUUUAAAUUUUCUUACUGGUAUUUAUAAUUUUUUUUUUUUUUUGGGUUUCAAAGCAUAAUAAUUUAUGGUAAGUGCUGCUGCAGCUCUCUGCUGGAUUGUAAAGGAUGAUCAAUACAUAUGUAACCCUUUUUUCCUUCCU